UCCAGCAAAGAAACGCGCGAUUGAAUUUGCGUCCUUUCAGCUGCUCUGCUUAUCGAGUUCUAUUUAUUUGAGGUGUGAUUUAUUAUGAGCGAACAAGUUGAUCAGCCCCGGUCGAGCCUUGGCAUCAAUCAACGUCGGUACUUCAAAAGAAAGCUAAUUGAAUCAAUCGAUCUGGUAGUAUGUUGAUAAUUCCUAAAACCACGCCUGAKUAGUGGUCUUGCGUGUUCUUUACAACUAAACAUUGUUAAGCAUCCUUCAUGACAACAASGUCUGAAUAGUUUUACACUGCCUCUGGUAUAGGAAACCUUUGCCAUAUCACAUUAUCGGAGUUUUAGAAGGACCGGACGUACUGUUUAAGAGUUUACCCGACAAAUACUCGUGUUCAUCUCUGGAAAUGCUGGCUUCAAACUGCAGCCCAAUAGGAAAGCAAAGCCCUCCUCUGCUCAGCGAUAUUGGCAAAGGAUUUUACCCAUGGAAAGCGAGAACACCAUACGAAAGCGUAUCUCUUACAAGAACUAGGCUGUCUGAAGCGAAUCUUUCUGGAAUGGGUUCAGCGUUUGUGUCUACACCUGAAACACCCCAAGCAGAUCGACAAACUAGCGAUAUUCUUCAUUCGGCGUGUAAUCUCGGCACAAGUAGAAGUUCUGCGUCUGAACAUGUAGCCGCGGUGAGCCGCAUUCAUCCUACGGUAGAUCCUGUGUAUUCACGGAUGUCUCACCCUCACUCUUACCACAGUAAUCCAUGGUAUAAACAGUCUUUGGAGCACCAGUCUCACCAAGGACCGAGGCAAAGCUUCUGGGAGGUUCAUGGAAACCCUUCGUGGCUAGAAGGACCGGCUCCUUCGCCAUCAUUCCACCCAUCCUUGAGUCACUUUCCAGGUUUAGAUUUCGCGACGGCAAAUGUACAUCACCCAGUGUCGGGAAUGCCUUCAGUUACGGUAGGAAGUCAUCCGCAUUUCUUUACACCGCCAUCAUACAUCUCUAGUGAGCCCAUUAAGUCCGGCAUUCCGACGUAUAUUGAUGGCCCUGGCUAUUUUCCAGGCACUGCCUUUUUGCAAACAACUCAGAACUUAGUACKACGAACAACACGUCGUUAUACAGGUCGAGCAACUUGUGACUGCCCGAACUGUCAAGAUAACGAGCGUAUGAGCGCUAGUGGGGCUCCGUUCCGUAAGAAAUCACAACAUAUUUGUCAUAUACCAGGAUGUGGUAAAGUUUAUGGGAAAACUUCACAUUUAAAGGCUCAUUUGAGAUGGCAUACUGGAGAGAGACCUUUUGUGUGUAACUGGUUGUUCUGCGGAAAGAGAUUCACCCGUUCGGAUGAGUUACAAAGACAUCUACGAACGCACACGGGGGAAAAAAGGUUUGCAUGUCCCACUUGUAACAAACGCUUUAUGCGAAGUGACCAUCUUUCAAAGCAUGUAAAAACACAUAAUAACGGUGUGAACGCUGUAAAGAAGAUUGAGAAAACAGACCCAGAGAAGUCACCUAGUGAAGGUUCAGAAAGUAUAUCAGAGGAAACAAUUGGAGUUGUUUGAUUAUAAAACAUUAAAACUAACUUAUAUACAAAAGAUACAAAUAGUUAAACUACUUCAAUGCAAUUURUGAAAAAGCCAUGCACCAAAGGAAAUACAGCAGGAAAAAAUAUGUGAAUAAUAGGAUCUUGUCUCUCUAGACAAGGGUGUAUAUGCCCCAAUAACUGUUUAUAACAGGACAACUGAACUCCUCCAAAAAUCUCUAAGUUAGUCCGGUUUAUGUAUAUAACACAGAGAUAAAUAUAUGAACAAUGAGACUUUCAAACUCAGUGUUGUGAAACAUUUCUUUGAGAGCCAAGCUCUAGAAUGUACUUAAUAUUCUCAAGUACUUUGGAAUUUAAACUUUAGAACUUUAAAAGGAAUUCGGCCACGAAAACUUGUAUUUAUUGCCAAAACAAGGCCACGUAUUACUCCACACAAUUUAUUUAARAUAAACCUACGAUAUAUUCAUCAAAAUGAUAUAGUUUCGAAUGACUGAGUGUACAGAAAUUUCCCGAAUUUAUAUUGACCACCAACAUGGCAUAAGUGUUCUGAAUGAAUUCAUUAAAAUUUUAAAUGUGUAUCUUGAUUUAUUGUGUUUAUACAUAUGGCUGUUUUGUACCUAUGGAAGUGCGCUUUUUAAGUUUCUAAGCUGUUUUUAACUACCCCACACUGAGAACCUGGUGUGUUGUACAAACAGUUCCCAGCAUGGCACAGUUAGUCUAGGAAUCUCAUGUUCACUUUAGCGUGCUCACUUUAUAUCAAUAUAAAAAGCUAAUUUUGUACUUAGGACGUUCAUUGGAUUGUGUUUUAUAGGUAAGAUAGGUUUACGAUUUAGCGCUCAAUUUUCCGGCACCGAGGUAGAGCACCAAAUACCUUCUUGAAUUCCACUAGCUAUGUGCCGGAGAAAGUCUGCUAGUGUUAUCUAAAUAAAUGCUUGCUAUUUC